AUGCUUACCUCCCUUUGUAUGUCAAAUCUAGGUCCUCAUAGAGAAGGAUUUCGUGGAUUACCAAAUGCAGAUGAUGUGUAUGCAUAUACAACAACAGGCGAUCAAAGCAAACUUUUCGAACCAUCUGUAAUUUCAUUUAAUAAGGUUUCUGGCAAUAAUCCAACUGUUGUCAUCAAUCCAGACUCAAAGUUCCAAACAAUCGAUGGAUUUGGAGCUGCUAUUACAGGUUCUACAGCAUAUAACUUAAAUCAAAUGACUCAAGAAGCAAGAGACAAGUUCCUUAAAGAUACAUUCGAUCCAGACACAGGUAUGGGUUAUUCUUUCAUUCGUAUUUCUAUCGGCUGCUCAGACUUUUCUCUCAAAGAUUUCACAGAUUGUGAUAAAGAAGGAAUUGACAAUUUCGCACUUGAUUCCGAAGAUACAGACCUUAUCAUCCCAAUUAUACAGCAAAUUCUCAAGAUUAACCCUUCUGUUAAAAUCAUUGCAACUCCAUGGACUCCUCCUAUUUGGAUGAAGGUUUCAGACUUGUUUACCCUUAGAAGACAUAAUUCCUUCAUUUCUGGCUACCUUGAUCCAAGACUUUACCAAGAAUAUGCUACUUAUUUUGUCAAAUACGUCCAAGCAAUGGCCAAAUACAAUUUACACAUCUACGCCAUCACAGUACAAAAUGAGCCACUUAAUAAAGGCAACUCCGCUUCUUGUUUCAUGGGCUACAAGCAACAAAGAGAUUUUAUUAAGACAGCUCUUGGUCCACAGUUCGCUGCAAACAACAUUUCGACAAAGAUUAUUAUUUACGACCACAAUUAUAACUACGAUAACAUUAUUACUCAACAACAUUAUCCAGUUCACAUUUACGAUGACGCCGAGGCUAAUAAAUACAUUGAUGGUGCUGCUUAUCAUGCUUAUGGUGGUUCCAACACAGAAAUGGACUAUGUUACUAGCAAAUAUCCAAAUAAGAAUUUAUAUUUCACAGAAAUGUCAAUUGGCGAAUGGAAUUACGAUUUCCAGGGUGACUUGAUGUGGAAUACACGUGAGAUCGGUAUCGGAACCCUUAACAAAGGCAGCAAAUGUGCAAUUAUGUGGAAUUUGCUUCUUGAUACAAACCAUGGACCAUAUCGUCCAAAGGGAUGCUCCAAUUGCUAUGGAGCAGUUGAUGUUAAAGUUCCUGGCUACUCAGAACUCAUUUACAGGUCUCAUUACUAUGAUAUGGCACAUCUUUCCAAAGUUAUUAAGCCAGACUCAAUCAGACUUGGAACAACUGUCUCAGGAAGCUCAAAUGUCUAUGCAACAUCAGCUAUUAACACAAAUGGAUACAUUGGCGCUGUUUUACUUAAUGAUCAGGACCAAGACGUCACAGUUUCAGUCCAAUGUGGCUCCCAUGCAUUUGAUGUCCCAAUGCCAAAGAGAUCUGUUGUUUCCGUCAUUUGGAAACAAUAA